AUGAAAGAAGCUGCAAGGGUGGAAAGAGAAAUUGCUAUCCACCCCGGGAAAGAGGUGCUUAUUAAAUUAGUGGCGCAAGCUAUUCCCACGUAUAUGAUGAGUGUAUUCAGCCUUCCUAGCGGAUUGAUUGAUGAGAUUCAUUCGUUGCUGGCUCGAUUUUGGUGGGGGUCCUCUGACACUGAUAGGAAGAUGCAUUGGCAUAGUUGGGAUACGUUGUGCUACCCCAAAUCGAUGGGCGGUCUUGGCUUUAGGGACCUACACUGCUUCAACCAAUCUCUUCUUGCAAAGCAAGCAUGGCGGUUAUGUACGGGGGACCAGACUCUUCUUUAUCGGCUGCUGCAAGCACGAUACUUUAAGUCUUCGGAAUUUCUGGAGGCGUGA